ACAGUGUGCGGCUGACUGUGAAGGGUGAUGGGCUUUAGUAGUGACCAGCGGUGGAUUGACAAGUGCUUACUCUUGGAGGAAACUGCCUGUUUGAUUGUUUGUUUUCGCCCCUUUGGUUGGUCUGUGCAAUUGGGACAGGGUGUUUGUAUGGCUGUUUGAGUGGCGUGGAGACGCGGACGUGUCAGCAUGGCGUUGGGAGCGGUGUGGAGCCGUGUUAAAAAUGUGUGCCAACAGAACGGCCUCCUUAUCUUGUCGGUGUUGGCCGUGGUCAUCGGAUGCCUGCUGGGAUUCUUCCUGCGCUCCAAACAUCUCUCCGAGCAGGAGGUGAAGUACUUUCAGUUCCCAGGAGAAUUGCUAAUGCGGAUGCUGAAGAUGCUCAUCCUGCCUCUGGUGGUCUCCAGUUUGAUGUCUGGUUUGGCAGCACUCGACGCCAAGUGCUCCAGUCGACUGGGCAUCAUGACAAUCUCGUACUAUCUGUGGACGACGUUUGUGGCGGUGGUGGUGGGCAUCGUCAUGGUGAUCAUCAUCCACCCGGGUGGAGCUGCGCAGAAGGAGGACUCUGAGGACAGCGGGAAGGCCAUCAUGAGCUCCGCGGAUGCCCUUCUAGACCUCAUACGCAACAUGUUCCCAGCCAACUUGGUUCAAGCAACAUUUCAACAAUAUCGCACAAGGAGCAUCCCUAUCAUGAAGCCCAAACCCACCAUCAGUCAGGACAUCCUGGAGACCACCACCAAACGGGUCUUCAUUUAUGGGAUCCAGGACGACAAUGGCACAGACAUACAGAACUUCUCCCUGGACCUGACGCCUCCUCCGGAUGUGGUCUUCCGGACGCUGCCUGGCACCAGCGAGGGCAUGAAUGUCUUGGGUAUCGUGAUCUUCUCUGCUACCAUGGGGAUCAUGCUUGGACGAAUGGGACCAAAUGGCAGCGCCCUCGUCAACUUCUGCCAGAGUCUGAAUGAAGCCGUGCUGAAAAUCGUGGCCAUUGUUAUAUGGUACUUCCCGUUUGGCAUUGUGUUUCUGGUGGCUGGAAAGAUCUUGGAAAUGGACGACCCUUCAGCCAUGGGGAAGAAGCUGGGCUUCUACGCCAUCACUGUGGUCAUGGGGCUGGUGCUUCAUGGCUUGUUCAUCCUGCCUUCCAUGUACUUUUUCAUCACCAAAAAAAGCCCCAUCGUCUACAUCCGAGGGAUUUUACAGGCCCUGCUCAUCUCAUUAGCUACUUCAUCAAGCUCUGCCACGCUGCCUAUCACCUUUAAGUGCCUCCUAGAGAACAACCACAUCGACCGCCGCAUCAUCCGCUUUGUACUUCCUGUCGGUGCCACCAUCAACAUGGACGGGACUGCACUAUAUGAAGCUGUGGCGGCCAUAUUUAUCGCUCAAGUCAACAACUACGAGCUGGACUUUGGUCAGAUCAUCACUAUCAGCAUCACAGCGACAGCAGCCAGUAUCGGUGCUGCUGGCAUUCCGCAGGCUGGUCUGGUGACCAUGGUGAUCGUGUUAACCUCAGUGGGACUUCCUACAGAUGACAUCACUCUUAUUAUCGCAGUGGAUUGGGCCCUGGAUCGCUUCAGGACAAUGGUGAACGUGAUGGGGGACGCUCUGGCCACUGGAAUCAUGGCACACAUAUGCAGAAAAGACUUUGUGAAGGAGGGCGAGGAGGUGAGAAUUCCUCUCAUCUGUGAGACCAAACCUAUGAUCAGCAUCCAGCAGAUGAUGUCCUAUCAAAAGAACGGCUGCUUCCAGCCUCCUCCUCCGGGCCCCAUGAGGAAACCCGAGCACCUGGCGCCCGACGUGGCCCGACUCAUGCAGCUGGAGGAAGGCAUCCGGCCCGCAGACAACAAGAAGAGCUCUCAUCUGUCUCCACUCCAUUACAAAAGGGACCAGAAAGACAAAGAGCACUGUACCAUUGACAUGAAUGGCCUGGAGACCAACGUCUAGAGACCCAAACUGAAGACGCUGGUUUUUGUUUUCUAUCUUUGGAGCAUGCGUGUGAAUUAGCUGGGUUGUGA